AGUCGUUCGGCGUCGCGAAGCGCCGUCAGAUACAAGCCCUUCUACUUCUAACCGGCUUUAUAAACAGCCAGUUCAAUGGCCUUGAGGUCAAAGACAACACCCAGCCCCCAAGCAUACGGUCCUCCUCAAGAUGCCGGCGACAAAGUCUGGCCGGAUUGUCAAGGCCCGUCGGGGCACCAACCUGACGGCGCACCAAAAGCAGCAUCGAUGGGAGUCCUUCACCACCAAGAUAUCCAAGCUGCACUCGCUCGACCCCCUGCGCAAAGUCCGACGACAUGACCUCGAGACCGAAGACCUGUCGGCGACGACCUCGUAUCUGAGAGCUGGCGUCGAAAAAUGGACCGACCUUAACAUCUCCAAACCUUUCACAAAUUUCAAGCGCGAGAUCCUCCCGCUAUGCGACAGUCUCGCCCAGAUCCUCCAUUUUGAGACCAAGAUCAUGGGAAUGUUCGUCUCCUACAUCAGCCAGCACGAGAAGGAGGCACUAGAACCUCUGCUGGACCUCCUGACUGCCUUCGCACACGACCUCGGCGUCCGCUUCGAGAGACACUACGCCAAAUCGCUCGAGCUCAUCAUCGCCCUCGCGAGCCGCCCCCAGGAUGCCGAGGUUGUCGAGUGGACCUUCGCCGCCCUGGCCUUCCUGUUCAAGUACCUGGCGAGGCUGCUCGUGCCCGACGUGCGCCCGACCUACCAGGCCAUGGCGCCGCUGCUGGGCCGGGCGAGGCAGCCCCACUACAUCGCCCGCUUCGCCGCCGAAGCCUUGAGCUUCCUGGUCAAGAAGUCGGCCGCCCCGGCUCACCGCGACUCCUCCCUGCCCACUCUGAUCCGGUGCGUGCGGGACGAUCUGGUCGGCAUGGUCGACGAUAAGAAUUUUGAGCUCUACUACCAUGGCGUCAUGACCAUGCUGGCCGAGGCUCUCAAGAGUUCCGGUAACACGCUUCACUCAACCGCCCCUGAGCUCUAUACCCGGCUGCUGCGGAGCAUACCGAUCAACGAGUUUGAGCCUCCAUCCAAGGAGAAGUCUGCCUUUGACCACCAGACGCCCUGGUCCGAUGUCUGCUGUGGUGUCUUGACCAGCGCUAUCCACCACUCGACGCCCGAAACAUUCGCACCCCUGGCCGACGCCAUAGUCGCCGAGGCCGCGAGCGCCCUAGCGCAUCCUGAUGCCAAAGAUCAUCCGUGGCGGUUAUCGAUAUUCACACGCCUUUUUGGCAUCAUGGCGGGUGUCCGUCGUGGUGCGAGGGUGACCGCAUGGCCAGCUCUGGUGAAGACCCUGUCGGAUGUGCUCGGGGCCUUGUCCGAAAUGCCCGAGGCUGCCUCGUCAAGAGCCGGUUCUCUGUUGUGGGAGCACGUGGUCAUCAACGUCGCCAUAGUCUGGGGCCAGAGCCCUGUGGACGCGCUCAUCCCCGCAAUCCAACCCAUCACGGACGUUAUGGCACGGGAACCAUUUAUGAAGUGGUUCAUCCCGUUUUGCAGCUACUUUUCAACACUAAGUGCUGAUAAGUUUCGAAGUCACCUCCGGUCGCACUUUCGAAAAUUCGUCGUCGCUCACUGGUCGGAUGACAACAAUGAAGAAAUGCUUUGCGUACUGAUACCUAAAAUGGUCGAGUCAGGUGCACUACCCUCCACGAGUGCCGGCGAGGGUUUUCUUCUUCCACAACCCUGGCAGGAUCAGGUGGUCAGCAAGUUCGAGCGCCUAGAGAUCACCCCUUUCCCGGAGAGGGGAGCGUACGACAAGGAUCCAAAGAUAUGGCGAGACAAAUGUCUGCCAAAGUAUUCGGCCCUCCUGAGGAUCCUCGAGUCUACGAACAUCCAACGAUCUACUAGCGCGAGGAUUGCAGAGCUGCUGCUUAGGAAGCUGAAGCUAUCACUGAGGCCAUCGCCGUCAGUAGCCACUGACGAGGCACAUUUCAUUCUCACUUCUGGUUUCCACGCGUACUUGCGCAUGAGUCUAGAUGCAGAGGAGCUUGACAUGAGCUUGAAACCGCUUCUACGCGCGGCUGCCCCUAGAUUCUGCCGUCUACCCGGCUUCCUCGAAAACCUUCUUACAUAUGAGAAGAAGCUGAUCCGGCGCAGACAUGAGCACAUCCAGAGCAAUAGUGGAAGCGAGAGCCCUGACGCAGAGGAAAAUCCCUUCGUCAAGGCCCUCGUGGGCAACCUCUCGACAAACUCACACGAGCUUCGGCUGGUCUCCCUGCAAAUAUUGAGCCAACUUUCCCCGGCCAUGCACGACUCCGCUCCCCUUGACAUCAUGCUUCAGGCCGAGGAGACGCCCCUGGACCUGCAAAACCUCCGGACAAUGUCCCUUUAUCUUCGCAAGCUCGGCAAAGUCUACGCAAGUAUCGACCAAAGCUCAUGGCUGCGCAAGGCCAUCCCGGCAUUCCUGAUGGGCAUGACGACAGUACGCCUGACCCCUGUGUGGGACGACGCGGUCGAGGCUCUCAAAGAUAUCGCCCAAACCAAGGACGGCGAGGACAUCAUUGCCACCAUCACUUUUGAGUGGCUCGAUAUUCCAUCUCAGAGGUGGAGUGGCCCUCCGAAGCCAACCCUGCAGCCAACGAGUCGACGAUUGACCGACUUUGAGUGUUCAAAUCUUUCUCGUCUUCGGAAUAAGUCUGAGGAGACGAAGCACAUUGUCGACGAGCUGUUCGACGUUAUGCUUCGGGCGUUUGAAGAUGCCCAGACCAUAGUCCCCGAUGUGUCCGAGACGGCUCGGAGCAAAGCACUCAAGGUUUUCGUUGCCAUUCCAUCCAUUGCCGAGAGGAGGUCACGGAAGUUGGUGCCCCACCUCUUCAGCUGGAACGACGUCGAUCAGGCACACGCCGACGAUUCGGAUGGCAUUGCCCACCAGGCUGAGGGCAAGAGCUGGUCUCUGGUUGAUCGAAAGGCCCUUAUCGGAGUGUUCGCUCUCUUCCAGAACCCCAGGGUUUUGUACCAGAACCAGCAAGUCUUCGAUGUGUUGCUAGGCCUAAUUGCCAAUGGCGAUAUCGAAGUCCAAAAACUAGCGCUCAAGGCCAUUAUUGCCUGGAAGCAGGAAGGGGUGAAGCGGUAUCAAGAGAACCUGCAGGGUCUCCUCGAGGAGGCCCGGCUCAGGAAUGAGCUCACCCUGCUCUUCCAGGGCGACAACAAGAUCCGCGAUGCUGACAGGCCGGAGCUCAUGCCUGUGCUCCUGAGGCUGCUGUACGGCAGGACAAUCUCGAAGAAGGGUGCUGCUAGCGGUCGGGCAGGUGUCCAGGGGACGCGCCACGCCGUCAUCCGUAGCCUCUCAGUGCAGGACAUCGGCGGCUUCCUCGAGAUCGCUUUGGGGCCUAUUCACGGGCUUCGGGUGGUGGACAGCACCGGCUUGUGCAACAAGGUGUUUGAUCAGCACAGUUUACCGGCGCGCAAGCAAGUUGGUCUGCUCAACAUGUUGGAGACGAUAAUCACGGAGCUCGGCUCCAGCGUCCUGGAAUACAUGGGCCCGCUCGUCAACUCCGUCCUGUACUGCCUCAUUCCUGCCUGCCGCAGACUUCGGGUCGAUAAAGAGAGGAAGCUGCGCACGUCGUCCGACGAGGAAGACGAGGACAAUGAAGAGGAGGAUGACGAUGAGAACGAAGAAAGCGAAGCCUCUCUUCUCAGGGCGGCCCGCACCACGGCCAUCAAGUGUCUUUGCGCUCUGCUCAAGAACGCGGCUGGGUUCGACUGGACCCCUUACCAGGAGCCUAUCGUGACGGAGGUCGUCAGCCCACAAAUGGCGACGCUGUCUCAGGAGACCACGCAAAGCGUUUCCUGGACUCUGCGUCUGCUGGAAACGUGGUCUCUGAUGCCGCGUUACGCUUUGGCAUUGUCGAUUGACGCCGGCGUCAUUCCUGCCGUCAUUCAGUGCAUCACUGUUUCGCAUACCAAGGCUGAAGUCAAGAUUUUUGCCCUCGGAAUUGUGCGCAACCUCAUCAGACUUUCCCUCGCGCCAACAGAGGAGUCUGAGUUCAACGAGCUCAUCCGCGCCGAGAUUUUGGACCCGAACUUGGAUCUAGUCUUGGGUGAGAUCGGAAGACUUUUGAUUGUGGACAAGAGCAAGCCGAGCGACGAGAAAUCUCUCGAGAAAGCCAAACCCGUCGCUGUUCCGCCUGUCGACGAGGAAGUUGAGGAUGAUGCGGCCGCUGAUGAGCCAGUCAAUGAGGAAAAAUCGCCCGAGGAAGAGACAGCAGAUGAUGAGGUUGUCCUCAAACUCGCGCCUAUCGGCAGGCAACUUCUUGAGGCAGCUGUGGACACCGUCGUCGAGAUCGCUCCUCUGGUGGAGAACUCGAAGAACACACGCAACCUGGUUGAGAUAUCAACCUUCCUUCUCAACCAGCCAGCACGUUCCGUCAACCCCAAGGUUAAGGGUGCCAUUCUCCUCAUUCUAGAGAGAUUUGUCGUCCUCGAGAGCCUACAAGACGACGGAAAGCUGCGCCGCAACAUCUACGAGACCAUCUGCUCCCUGUUCAGCUUCUUCAAGGACCGCCAAAACCGGCAAUCCCUGUCGAGACUGCUCCUUGUAUUUGCGGCACAAGAGUCCUCCAUCCAAGAGGUUGCCGAUCUGUCUUCGGAGCUGAACUCCUUCGUUGAGGGCAGGCUCGACGAGCCGGAUUACGACCGCCGCCUCGCCGCCUUCCGCGCUAUCUGCAAGCCACGAGAGGUGCCGUUUACCAUCGAGCAAUGGCUACCUCUGCUUCACAACUUCAUUUGCUACAUGCACCACGAUGAGGAACACGGUAUACUGUCUCAAAACUCUGCCGAUGGCAUCUGCCGGUUCAUUUUGGCGACUGCAUCUGUGUGGGACCAACCGCCACCACGCAAGCGGUUUACCGAUAGGCUAGAUCGGAUUCUUCUCCCAGCCAUCUACGUAGGAGCUCGCGACAAGUCGGAAACAGUGCGGCGCGAGUUUCUGAGAGUCCUUGGCUUUCUCGCCUCUCACCUCAGAGCGUGGGAGCCGGUGGCGGAUCUGUCACCUCUGGUCCCCGAGGCGGAAGAGGGCGACGAGACGAUGGAAGAGACACAGCAGUCCAAGAAGAAGAGAGAUCUGGAUUUCUUCUAUAACAUUCUCACUCCGGCGGUGUCCAAGCAGGUCCAGGCCCUGCAGUUCCUGCAGGGUGUCAAUGAGCGAUCAUCGCUCAGCAGCCGGAACGUCAGCAAGUUCUUCAUCCCUCUGCUUGAGCAUUUUAUUCUCGGGCGCGAGGACGGGAGUGACGACCAGGGCCUCGGAGCACAAGCCACCAACACCAUCUCAAGCCUGGCUGGUGCCCUUGAAUGGCCGCAAUAUCGCGCACUACUCAGGCGCUACGUCUUGUACGUCAAGUCGAAGCCCGAGUUGCACAAGCAGAUCAUUCGCCUUUUGGACAAGGUUGUUGAGGCUCUCGAGGUCGCUGCUGGCCAGGCUUACAAUCUGGAGAGCAACAAUGACGCCAAGGCGGCGGCUUCGCCAAGCAUCUCGACGCUCGGGAAGAGGCUACCUAGUCGGGAGAAGUUCAGCGAUGAGGUUUCCGGACCCCUGAUGGCAACCCUUCUUGAUCACCUGCACGAGAAAGACGAAACCACAGUCAGCUCCCGAGUCCCGAUUGGCGUUAUCAUUGUCAAGCUCCUGAACUUGUUGCCCGCAAACGCGCGCGACCUGAAGCUCCCAGGCGUGCUUACCGACAUCUGCCACAUCCUGCGCAGCAAGGCCUGGGACUCUCGGGAGAUGGCGCGCAGCACCCUAGUCAAGAUUGCGUGCAUUCUCGGCGCCCCUUGCUUCGGCUUCAUUCUCAAAGAGUUGCGCGGCGCCCUCACCAGGGGAUAUCAGCUGCACGUCCUGUCAUACACGGUUCAUUCCAUUCUGGUUGCUGUCAUUCCCGAGUUCAAUCAAGGCGAUCUCGACUACUGCGUUGACCAGGUCGUCGCGGUCAUCAUGGACGACAUCUUUGGCGUGACCGGGCAAGAGAAGGAGGCAGAGGAGUACACGAACAAGAUGAAGGAAAUCAAGAGCAGCAAGAGCCAAGACUCGAUGGAGCUUAUCGCCAAAAACACGUCGAUCAGCUGCUUGAUCACGCUCGUGCAGCCGCUGAAGGAUCUGCUGCUGGAGAAGCUCAAUCUCAAGAUGGCGAGAAAGAUCGAUGAGCUGCUCAGCCGCGUCACGGCCGGUCUCCUGCACAACCCCGCUGCCGAGAGCAAGGAUGCGCUGAUUUUCUGCUACGAGGUCAUUCAGGAGGUCUACAACAGCAAGAAGCCCGAGGCCGAAGUCAAGCUGGACCCAAGACUGAGGCGAUACCUGAUCCAGAAGGGGGCCAAAAAGAACGAUCGCGGCACAACUACAAAACACACAUACAAACUCACCCGGUUCGCUCUUGACGUGCUCAGGUCUCUCAUGAGGAAACACGACAGCCUCCGGACUGCAUCCUACGCUAGCGGGUUCCUCCCCAUCCUGGGUGACGCCGUCAUUUCAGGCGAGGAGGAAGUCAAGGUGGCCGCCUUCAAGCUCCUGGUGGUACUUGUUAAGGUGCCGUUCAAGAACAACGACUCAACCAACUUGUACAAGGUGGCGUUCAAGGAGGCACUGCGCACCAUUUCUGGUUCCACAACCACCACCAGCGAGGUGGCGCAGGCUGCGCUAAGGCUCAUUUCGGUCAUCCUCCGGGACAGAAGCGAUGUCUCUGUCAAGGAUGCAGCGAUCGACAUGCUGCUUGGCAGGGUCAAGGACGAUCUUACCGAGCCUCUGCACAGACACAUCACAUUCAGCUUCCUCCGCUCAGUCCUCGACCGCAAGAUCGAGACGGCAGUGGUAUACGACACGCUCGACCAUGUGGGCUCGGUGAUGAUCACCAACGACGACAAGGACACGCGAGACCUGGCGCGCGGGGCCUUUUUUCAGUUCCUUCGGGAGUACCCCCAGAAGAAGGCGCGGUGGGAAAAGCAGCUCAAGUUCAUCGUGGCGAACCUGCAGUACGACCGCGAGGGCGGGCGGUUGUCGGUCAUGGAGGUGUUGCACCUCCUGCUGAUGAAGUCGGCCGACGACUUUGUGCAGGAAGUCUGCACCACGAGCUUCAUACCUCUGGUAUUUGUGCUCGCAAACGACGACAGCGAAAAGUGCAGGCUUGCGGCGGCCGAGCUGGUCAAGGAGGUGCUCCGGCGUGCCGACAAGGCUUCGACGCAGAAGUUCCUAACCAUACUGAGGGGAUGGCUUGGCCAAGACGAGAACGCGGGCGUGCUGAGGCUGGGCAUCCAGACGCUCGGCUUCUACUUCGAGGUCCGCGAGGCGAGUAGCCGGGACAAGAAGGACUUUGCGCUGCUCAAGGGCAAGAUCAUGGACGUCGUGUCCGACGCGGCCAGGCAGGACGCCGACCUCGUCAACGUCUGCCUUGCCGUCGUCCGGGGCGUGCUGGAUAAGGACCCGGCCAGGGUACUGGCGCCAGACUCGCGGGAGCUCUGGGACCGCAUCGUGGCGUGCCUCUCGCACGCCGACACCGCCGUCAAGCUCUCGGCCGUCAAGCUUCUGAGCUCGUACCUCGCCGACUUUGCGCGCGGCGGCGGGCUGCGCGGCUCGCACGGCCUGGAGCUGGAUCAGACGGCUGUCAUGCGGCUGAUCCGGCUGAACCUCGGCGUGCUGGGGUCCGACGAGGUCGGCGAGCCGCUGGCCGAGGAGGUGGCGCAGAUCCUGGUCUUCCUCGGAAACGCGGUCGAGUUCGAGUCGGAAGAGUUGGACUCGGAGUCUGACGAGGAGGGCGGCGACGACGACAACGAGGACGAGGAUGACGACGACGACAACAACGGCGAGGCAGUCGAGCGCGACGACGGCAAGAAGAAGUACACCAACAGCCGCUACAUGUUCGGCCGGCUCGCGGCCAUCGUCAGGAAGGAGACGCGGCCCAAGUCGGCCGAGCUGGUGCCAAAACUGGCGGCGCUCGACGUGCUGUUGGCCUACUGCGACCGGCUCGCGCCCGCCAAGUGCGUGCGCCCUUCGCUGCGCGCGAUCCUGCGGCCGCUCCGCAACGUGACGGACCCGGCGGUGCCGACCCCCUGGUCGCCCGACCCGGACUUUGCGGCGCGGCACGAGACCCUGCGGCAAAAGGCGCGCGACUGCAUGGACUCGCUGCAGCGGCGGCUCGGCACGGCGGCGUACACGGCGGCGCUGCUGGCCGUGGGCGAGGGCGUGCGCGGGCGCAGGCAGGCGCGCUCGACCAAGCGCAAGAUCGAGGCCGUGGCGGCGCCCGAGCGGGCCGGGGCCGAGAAGCGCAAGCGGUUCGAGAAGAAGAAGGAGAAGCGCAAGACGCGCGGGCAGGAGCACCGGGCGAUGCGGCAGGCUAUGUGAGGUGGGUGUGUAUAUAGGAAGACUUCUUCGGAGGGGGGUGGUUGAGCCUUGAGCAAAUGGGAUAGGAAGUCUUGUGAAUAAGGCGUUUUAAGGUCGGGCGGCAAAAAAAACUAUACUCUUCUUUUGCUUCAUUUUAUGGUGGUUUAUCUCUUAUACAUAUAGUAGCGUAUCUGCCUGGUUUUCGCAAAUGCACACAUCCCAAUAUGAUGUAAUGCAAGCUUCUUCUUUUGCCAGAGAGUGGGAACGCUUAUAACACAAUCAACGGACAGCACAUUCC